GCUCGCUAUAAAUGUAUAAAUACCUAGUAGGUAGUACGUUAUUGUUUUGUGUGAAAUCCGCAAAAUGUAAUAAAAAAAGUGAAAUUUUUGGGUUGAUUUCAUUAUUUUAUUUUCAUGUGAUGAAAUAUGGUUGCACAUGGAAUGACAGUGUCUUACCAAUGCUUCAGUUUUAUGGCGUGAAUAAAGUAGUAAAAACAAUCGAUGUCUGUAGAGUUCGUUUUCGCGUGUAUAUGUGUUUGUCAAACAAAAUGGCAGGGAAGACUAGAGACUUGCAGACCCUCAGUGGAGUGAAAAUAUGAUAUCAUCUGUUUUGGUUACUUUGGUGUGUGGGUGGAAAGUGAGUUAGAACAUGUGGAUAUAGUCAAUAAAAUGGGUUCUCAGACUUUGGAGAUAUUACGCCAGGGUGUUUGGGCAUCAUUGACAGGAGGAUGGUUUUAUGAUCCUCAUCAAAAUUUGUUUUGCAAUACCGUACAUUUGUACGUGUGGCUCUUCCUACUAUGCCUUCCGUUUUCAGUGUAUCUGUAUUCCCCACCAGCAAGUUCUGGUUGGAUCCUAUACUGCAUUCUUGUCGCCUUGCUGUUCACAAUACUGAAAAUACUUAACCAUAGCCUACAUCAUAUGUAUGACACAAGCGAAUGCAUUAUUGUACAGCCCAGUGGAGAGGCUGGUUCUGUAAAUAAUACAGUACCUGAAGAAGGUGUAGAGAUGCAGAUGUUACGACUUGGUGGUCUUGCUGCCCCUGGGAGCGACAAUGAGUCUGUGACCUCUUUGGAAUACCAUAAGCCUAAUAACAGUACUAUAGACCUUAAAGUAGAUGUUCAUAGAAAAAACAGCUCAGAAUCAAGUAUAGAAGAAAGUGCUACUUUAGCAAAACAUUCCGAAGCAGUAGUAGCAACUAAGUCUGAUCUUUGUGUAGCUGCAGAUGCACCUACAAUCAUAGACAUGCCUACAGGCACAUCAAAAUCCCGUCCGCCAAAUAGGAGUCGCUCAAAAUCAGGCCACAAACGUGAACACCGAACAAAAACUAGAAGAACUGGUAGAAUCGAUGAGUUGAUAAUUGAAGAAACUUCUAGAAAUCCAAGGCUAGACAAUUUACCCAUACACAUGUUAGUUGAUGAGGGACCUUUUGCUAAAGUUAGUAGAAGAUACCAUGAAGGGCCCCAUAGGCGGGGGUCUAGUAAUAGAGAAUUUUUCAAAGAGUGGUUGUACUUAGAUUGCAGUGAGGCAGCAGUUGAACAUUACCAGUCCAAGUUUGCUCGUCAACUUAGUUCAGACUCAAAAGAUAACUCCGAACCUAGUGUGGGCCCCCCUUCGCCAAAGAAACGAAUUGCUCAUAGACGAAGGCACGCGAAUUAUCCAGAUGAAAGCUGUACUAAAUCAGCUAUGGCACUCGCGACAGCACAAUCGACAGCACAAUCGUCAAACAUGAGGAGGAACUCAAAUUCUACAAUGUCAACUAUUCAAUUACCACUAUUACACUCUACAGCCCAAUUAGUUUCACACAUGCGCAGACAUUCCAAUAAUGCCGACACAGGUUUUUUUGCCAGUGUUGAAUUAGGUGAAUACAUGAUGGUUAAAGCUGAAGCACCUAGUGGAGAUGCGGAGAAAAAUAAAGGUAAAAGUCCAGGAGUAAGGCGAAUAAAAAGUGCGGCACUAGAAAUUGGAUGUCCACCUCCAAGCGUUUCCAAUUUAUCCCCACAUCCAAACAGCGCAGAAACUAUUGGCGGGCAAACACUUAAAAACCCUAAAAGUGCAGUGAUUCCUCCUCCUAGUAAAAGUUUAACACGUGGGCCCCAUCUUAAUCUCUAUCCUAAAAACGAAUCUGGUGAAGGUUGUAGUUAUCCAUACCUCACCUAUGGUUCUGAAAUUGUUUACCCUAUAGCAGAAAUAUCAGACGAGAUGCAAACUUCUCAGAAAGAAACAGAUUUAGACUCAAGCGGUGAGAGUUAUAGUGAUUAUGAAGACGAAAAGCAAUUUCGCGGGUUUGACUGGUACGCUGAACAGUCACCAGCUGUGCGUUCUAGUGAUUCCGACUAUGAAAAUAAUGGGUCGAGAUCGCCUCUACUUGACCGCGCGACAGAAGUGAGAGUUGUACGUACGAAAAAUCAAAGUGAUACCAAAAAACAAUGCUGCGAUCGACAUCCUAAUUCAAAGCACAAUUCCGAAUGUCCGCACGACAAAUCUAAACCUUCAAGGCUGAAAAAAGGCAUGAGAAAUGAAUCACAGUACAGUAGUAAACACCCUGAACAAAAUUCUUCGUGUGAUUGUAAAUUUAUCCCGAAUGGAGAUUAUUAUGACAAAGCUAGUGCAAGUUCUAAAGAUUUUUUAAUAGAGAAGUCUAGUUUAGAAUCAAAUGAACCUGACCAAUCAGAGAAACGGUCGAAUGAUAAGAAAAUUGUAGGAGACAAAUCUUGGGACCAUGAUAUCUGUAAUUCUAGCAGUAGUAGUGAGUCUAACAUAGACAAGCCGCCAGAAGACGUAAAAGAAGAUAAGAAUAACGCACCUGAAACUGAAGAAUCACAGUUAACUUUUGAUAGUAAAAGUGCAGAUGAACGAAGUGUGUACAGUCUUGAUUGGCUUUUUGAAGAAUCUUCACAAGCCAACGAGUUGUGUUGUAAGGAAGACGAGCAACAUUCUCUUGUCACAGAAGAAGUGCUCUGUCAAAAACUUGCCAAUGCUUUAGGUGAAUCGUCUUCCAAUGUUCCAAAAAACUUGGGUGCUAUACCAAAGCAGAUAAAAAACUUAGCACGUUCACGAGCUUCUUCACAGAAGGAGAACAAGAAGAGAGAUUCUAAAAAGGAGAAGGAUGAAAACAUUAAUGAGGAAAAAAUAUUGAUGGAUGCUGUGGAAGCUCAAGCUGCUUUGGUACAGGGUUUAGAGUGCUUAUUUGCUGCGACUAACGCCAACACUGUGGUGAUGCCUCCGCCUAACAGGGAGGAGAGACCACGCAGUCUCAGACAAAGCUUAAGGGGAGAUAGAGAAAACUCUAACAAAACCAGGAAACGAUCGAUAGAAGAAGUAGCACAGACAUCUACAAAUACGUUGCUUCCGACGUCAAUGCCUUUAUUAGCAGCAUUUCUCAAUUCUCGAAUGGACUACAUUUGUCCAUCUUCACAGGACAGUGCACCACCAGAAAUAGCGCAACAUGCAGAAGAGGCUCAACGACUACGGCCUUUAAUGGAUAGGAAUCAUAGGAAUCGAGUUCGGAAAAUUAAACGAUCCACUCGUCAACGGAAUAACCCGUCGCAAAAUAAUACAGAAAACAAGGAUAAACCUCCAAGCAACGAGAAUUCUAAUUCUUCAACCAAUGUUCAUUUUGCGACGUCAUUUGAUGAUACUACUGAUGGCGCUAUUCAUUGCUUCAUGGAUGAAUAUGGUAAUUGGAUGUCGUACACAUUCGACAAAAACAAUUCAGGAAGAGUUCAAGCUCAGCCAAUGCCUUUGCCAGAAAAAGAAGACAAUUUGAGAAUCAAUAGGGUUAAACCCAUCGAAGACCCCGACAAUUCACAAAAAACGACUGGAGAGGGGAGUUGCGGUUCCCUAGAAUCCGAGGCUGGAAAUAGUGAGAGUUUAGCUAAAACAAAAAGGGGAGACAGUAUUGACCAAAGUUCAUCAAACCAGGGUAGUAACAAUCCUCUUCUGUCAAGUAACAAUAAUGUGUCAACUGUAGUCCCUAUAAACACUAACAAUGCAAAUAAACGCUUCUACGUUUUUGAUGGCGGGACCGCCUCCCACGCCGACCAACCGCGGUCUCCCGUGGCUUACGUUACCGACAGUUUGUUGGAACAAAUUGAAGCAGAAAGGCAAUCCAGAAUGGGUCUUCCUAGCAUGCACAUCAAUUUCUUGAUGAGCCAGCAGAGGGCGCAGCAACAAGCUCAGCAACAAGCCGAAAAUACUUCCAACAAUAUCCCCAGCCUGAUGCCGUCAAUAGGUGAAGAAGAAAUAAACAUAAGAAGCAAGUUUUCAAAGUAUAUGGACGAUAUCGAGAAAGCGACUCAACCGAAACCAAAGAGUUACUACAAGUUAAAAUUUUUGAAAUGCUUCGAAAUCAAAGUUACCAUGGAUAGGCUGAAGCUUAUGGCGUUGUUUGAUAGAAAUCUGACAUUCAUGGAGACGUUUAUUACUAUCUUCUUAGCAAUUUCGGUUGCAAUAUUAGGGUCCAUGAUUUUAAAUAUUGGCUUCUAUAGAGAUAUUUAUGCAUUUUGGUUUUGCUUUAUAAUGGCGGGCAGUCAAUAUUCUCUGUUGAAAAGCGUCCAACCGGACUCUGCUUCGCCUGUGCACGGGUUUAACAAAAUGGUACUCUUUUCACGACCCGUUUAUUUUUGCUUAUGUUCUGGAAUUUUAUAUGGCGUUCAUUGUUAUUUGGAACAGACGACUCCGUUGACAGACGAACAUAGAAGUAAAAGAAGUUUAGAAGAGACGAGUCCUUUUACCAUAUAUGGUUUCGAGAUGAAAGAGCGUGAUUUUUUAUAUAUCAUUCAAGAGAUACUCUCGAAGUUUCUGCUAUUUUUUCCGCUCGCCUUCAGCUUGGGUCUAUUCCCCCAAGUCAACACAUUCAUGAUGUAUCUGCUAGAACAAAUUGACAUGCACAUUUUCGGAGGUAAUGCCACCAGCAGCUUGAGUGCUGCUGUUUACUGUGUAGCUCGCUCGUUGGGCGCGAUCGGAGUUCUAUACGGCUUCGCGUACAGUGGUUUAGUAGAAGGAAAGAAGUCUCAGCAUCAGAAACAUAACAUUCUAUUUUCCAUUUUCUGUGGUCUCCUUGUGCCGAUAUCCUAUCACUUAAGUCGAAGUGCUAGCGACUACACACUAAUUUGGAACUUAAUAAAGAAACACUUAUUACCUCCCGACUUGUACGUGGUGCAUACGCCAGAAUGUACUCCAGACGAGAACAAGGACGAUCCUAAUACAUUGACUGAUGAUAAGAAGAACAAUUCUGAGAGUAAUAUUUCUAAGCAGAAUUCAAUCGGUAGUUCGGCUUCGAAGAUCAAUUUUAGUUCUGAGACGAAUAUAGCAAGGACUCAAAAGCGUUCGCAAACAUCUAGCGUGAGUUCUUUGAAGAUGGAUCCUAGAGGGGGGGACGCCAUGAUGAAUUCGACUACGUCUCUGAAGGCGGAUCCUCCGACUGAGAACGAGGAUAAAAGUAGGGAUUCGAAUGCAACGGCGGGGAGUAAGGACGGGACGGAGAAACCGGAUGAGGAUAUGGAGGACCCUUUGCCGAAGAAAUUGCAGGCGACUGUGAACGCUAGACUGAAGAAUGAUCUCAUCGUGUGCACGUUUUUGGGCCUGUUCGUGUUUGGACUUCACUGCACUACUGUUUUCACGACCCUGAGACCGCAACUUAAUACGGUGCUGUGGAUAAUAGCCGGCAUCUUGGGAUGGGUGCUACACUACCUAAUACCGCAGUUACGCAAGCAGCAGCCGUGGUUGUGUUUAGCGGGGCCCGUAUUGAGGCAACACGAACACGCACAGUUUGAAGUCACUGAACCUGCUAAACUCAUGUGUUUUGAGAAGUUAUUCGUGUACCUUUGUUUCUUGGAGCGAAAUGUUCUAUACCCGGCCGUGGUCAUAGCCGCCACGACACAAGACGCGCCCGCCAUCGCCGCCAAGUACGGGGACGCGGUCGGCGCGCUGCUCAUAUGCGUCGCUGCUACUAAAUGUCUUAGAAACGCAUACUCCGAACCCGACACCCAGUACCUGAUAUUGGUGUUCGCUUUCCUGCUCUUCCAACGUGACCUCAGCAGUCGCAGUAUGUCAGAGACCUUCCUGAUAGACUACUUCAUCACCGCCAUCAUUUUCAGCAAGGUCUACGAGUUUUUGCUCAAGAUCCAAUUCGUAGUGACGUACAUAGCGCCAUGGCAGAUCACAUGGGGCAGCGCGUUCCAUGCGUUUGCGCAGCCUUUCUCAGUGCCACACUCGGGCAUGUUGAUACUACAAGCUUUCGUCUCUGCCCUGCUUUCCUCGCCACUUACACCCGCGUUAGGAAGUGCGAUAUUCAUGACGUCAUACGUGCGACCGGUAAAGUUUUGGGAACGGGAUUACAACACGAAAAGAGUAGACCAAAGCAAUACAAGGCUCUCUUCGCAGCUCGAGCGUAAUCUUGGGGCCGAUGACAACAACCUGAACUCAAUAUUCUACGAGCAUUUGACGCGUUCUUUACAAAAUUACCUCUGUGGUGAUCUCAUGUUGGGCCGAUGGGGCCAAGUUCAACAGGGGGACUGUUUUGUGUUAGCAUCAGACUACCUAAACUGCUUAGUUCAUAUAGUGGAGAUGGGCAAUGGGCUGGUGUCGUUUCAACUACGUGGUCUCGAGUUCCGAGGCACGUAUUGCCAGCAGAGAGAGGUUGAAGCUAUAUCUGAGGGCCCGGAGGAGAGUAGUGAGGGCGUGUGCUCGGGCUGGUGGUGGUGCGGCGGCCGGCUGCUGGCGCCGCACGCGUGGUGGGCGCUGCGCUGGCUGGCGUGGCAGCUGGCCAGCGCGCGCUACGUGCUGGAGGGCUACUCCGUCACAGACAACUCCGCCGUCUCCAUGCUGCAGGUGUUCGAGUUCCGCAAGGUGCUGCUCGGCUACUAUGUCAAGAGUAUCAUCUACUACACGAUCCAAUCGAGCAAGUUAGAAGAGUGGCUCUCUUCCCCUAUCCUCGCCGAAGCUUUAAAGCCGAUGAACGAGCGGUCUUUCGUUGACUUGGACCCCAUAUUCAAUGUAAACUUGGACGAAGACUAUGACUUCAGAGCAUCUGGUAUUACUAGGAGUAGAUUCUGCGCCGUGUAUCAAGAAUGGGUUUCGCAUUGUGCUGUAAGACGUGGUGCGGGAUGGAGAAGACGUGCGGGGAAGGAUUCAGCAUUGUUAACUCUAUGUUUUGCAUUGAGUUUACUUGGUCGUAGGGCUUUGGCCGCUGCACAACACCAGUCUGCUUCAAGUGUGGAGUUUUUCCUGUACGGUUUACACUCGCUAUUCAAAGGUGAUUUUCGAAUAACAUGCGCACGCGACGAGUGGGUCUUCACUGAUAUGUCGCUACUACAUUCCGUUUUGGCGCCUGCUAUAAGGAUGGCGUUGAAACUGCAUCAGGACCACUUCAUGUUCCCUGAGGAGUACUGCAACAGUGGCGCCCUCUACACGGCCAUCGCGUUACACUCGCAAAAACUCGUCAUCUGUCACGAAGCCGCGCCUGCGUGGCGAUACAACGUACUGCGUGGAGCGCCACAUCUAUUGGCUCUCAGACACGUAAUGGACGAGGGCACAGACGACUACAAGAUAAUAAUGCUGAACAAGCGCCAUCUAGGGUUCAGAGUGAUCAAACUGAACCGCGAGUGCGUGCGAGGGCUGUGGGCCGGACAACAGCAGGAGCUGGUCUAUCUGCGGAACCGGAACCCAGAGAGGGGAUCCAUACAGAACGCUAAACAGGCGCUACGCAACAUAAUAAACUCGUCGUGCGACCAACCGAUCGGGUAUCCUAUCUACGUGUCACCGCUUACCACUUCAUACGCAGAUACUUCACCACAACUAAGUUCCUUGUUAGGCGGCCCUGUCACCGUCACUGCUAUCAGAGAUCGACUCACUGCAUUAUGGAGACGUAUCCGCCGGCGUUGCGGCGAAGGUUGUUCGAGCGGCGGCGGCGCGUGCGGCGACGCGGCGCUGGCUGAAGCUGGCAACGCCACGCAACACGCCACCACGCCACGCCACAAUCUACAUCUUUCUAGAACAUGUUUAGCGGGAACACGAGGCAGCCUCGUGAGUGCCGGCAAGCCCACCUCCUCCACAUUAGCUUCUCUCGCCGGCUUGCUGCGGGAACAUCACGAAAGGACUCCCGAGGAAGCUUCGUACGGCAGCACGGCGGACAACAGCUCGCCGCGGCGCCGCAGCUCGGAGCUGGGCGGGCCGCGCGCCGCGCGCCGCGAGCGCCACAUGCGCGCGCGCACCGCCACCAAGUGCGCGGUGAGCCGCGACGGGCGCUGGUACGGCGUGCCCGCGUCGUUCCGGCUGCUGGCCGCCUCCGACGGCCGCAUGGUGUCCGUGGCCGUGCAGCACGCCGCCGACCGCGCCCAGAGUUCAAUUGACAGCGGAUGGGAAGGCGCAUGGCGAGACCAGCCGCGGCGCGCAGCCAGUGCUAAGGUGAUAGGCUCAGCGAACCGCAACAGCCACGGCGGUGCCGAGGAGGCUGGCAGCGGUUCCUCAUCCCUGGAGGACCUCACGCUGACUCCCAGCGGCCUGGACCUGUCUCUCCCGGACUGCAAGAUCAUUGCCAACAGGAACGCAAGGCAAGACAGAGAGUUUAAAAGGUACUUCCUAAGCGAAGGCACUUCGAAAGACUUGUCAAAACUAAGCAAAGACAUUCGGCAAGAGAGAGAAAGCUAUAGACACCUAGCCGGGCGCUACAUUGAGAAACCAGAGGCCAUCCCGCUCAAAGAAACACAUUACUCGGACCUUUCAAAUAAGGAAUCCGGUUUGAAAAAAGAACCGAAGAAGGAGAAGAAAGAAAUUAAGACUAAAAUCAAAAGAUCAGACUCCGGUCGAAGCGAGUUAAAAAUCAAUGUCAGUGUUGGAAGUAAAGUGUUGAUUAUAGAACCUUUGGGUGUGUACGAUUGUAUCAACUUGGGGAGAAGGAUCGAUGUACAAUGGCCUUCGGAGUAUCAGAGGGAAAGGGGAGGAAGGAACUUUUGGGGCAGUUGGGUGCCUAGCGCCGGGAUGGAUGGAUUGGUGGUGCACAAAUGGACGCCGAACCACCGAGACCCGAAACUCCGUUCUCACGUUGACAAGAGCAUACUCCUCAUACAAAUCGAUGACAAAUUCGUGCCUAUUGCUGAAAACUGCGUGCAAGACCUCGGUGACGAAGUUUGAACCAUACGAAGGGGUAACACGGUCUUUAUUCCAUUGCAAUGUGACUUAUAUGUCUGUGAAAUUAGAUGCAAGCCGACGCAACUUGCUCCUAACUUCACUAAGUAUGUCGCAUUCUACGAGUCGAAUUUAUACGCGUAGCUUAUGUAGAGUAGUGGAAAAUAAUUCAAAUUGAAUUAUAUUGUAAUUAAGGGUCGAUACAGCGGUGCAUUUGAGUCUGACAUUGAGAUUAACGAAUUUUAUUAUUUGCAUAUAAAUGUGUAUAUAGCAAGUGUACGGUGUUAGUGUUUUGUUUACCACAAAAUACUAGGUAUGUAAAAGUUUGGUAUUAAAAAUAAAAUAUUGUUUGUAAGUUCGUGCGAUCUCACAAUUGAUGAAAAUCAUAAUAGAAAAAAAAACUUAGUUGAAAAUGGAACAGUGAAACAUUUAUACAUAUCAUGCUGUGUUAUGCAUUUCGCUGUCCGUCACUUUACGUAAGAGUAUAAAAACUCACAUUCACCUUACGAUUUAUCGAAAUUUCUAUUAGAAAACAAAACACUCCGAUAUAGCGUUGCCAAAUCAAAAUAUAAAUUUGCCGUUUGGCUUCAUCCUUUGGUGUCUUCUAAGAAUGCUAAAUUAAUGAAAGCCCUCUUCUAUACACAUUAAAGACUUAAACUUUGACAAACAAAUACGAAAAUGUACCUAAUGAUCUUGAGACAUUUUAUAAAUAGCAUUUUCCUUUCGCGAUACCCUAAUAGCUUCCAGUUUCAGAGAUUGUGGUAGCGUUAAAAUUCUUUGCCUCGGAAAUACAUGUGAAUAUGACAAGAUGCUUCGUUGUGUGUGGGUAGAUUUAAACAAUGUUAGCUUUAUCUAUGUAAAUAUAAUCUGUAUAUAGUGUAUAAACGUGUAAACAUGUAUAUUCAUCUCUUUAAUGAUAAAAAAUACGUAUACUUUGUUAGUAAAAAAGUAAGCGAGUAUUAUGCCUUUUUUUAUUUUUGUUAUUGUGUUUUAUUUUUGCCCUAAAUUUUGUUAUAAGACAAACUCCAAAUAUUUCAUAGUCUUUCUUCGACACCAAAUGAAUCUUAAAUGUAAACCUAUGUAUAUUUAAUACAGUAUGUCAAUCUUAAGCUGACUACACACGAGCGAAUCCGUAAUGUGAUAUUUUCGGUUUAACUUUUUUGUACAUAAAUUGGCAAAUUGGCACAAAUUCUUUAAUUAUGCCUGAGAUCGUGUGUACCAGUUUUAUAUUUAAUAUUUAUUCGAUAUCACUGUUGUUUGUUAUAUGUAAUUGUAAUGCAUUUGAUAUCUACGUAUUGUUUAGGAACGGAAAUGAGAAUAUUAUAGCACGUUGAGUUUAUUGAAUUUACGGGGAUUAAAUUAUCGAUGUUACUAUAUGUUUAAAACACUAUUAAUAUGGGAAAUUAAAAUCCGGCAACUAAUUAAAAUUAAUGAUAUUUUAAACGAAAAAAAAA